AUGUCCAGUCUCCUCAAGUCGCGCUGGGCGCCUCUCCCUGAGGAGACAAAGACAACAACGACAUGCCCCUCCCCUUCAAAGCCGUCUUCCUCUCCCGUUUCUUACUCCACGCUCCUGUCCCCAGCGCAGGAGCUCGCCCGGUUCAUGAAGAUUGUCGCGCGAUUGAAAUGGAAACUCCCCUGCCUCGAAGAGGGCUACCGACUCGCCACGCUUCCCACCUCACACGGCGUUGACGUCGACGUCGCACAUGCCGAAAUAAUGUUCAAGAUCGAUUUCCACGAAUACUACGCGCUGUUGGAGCGUGCGAUCGUUCAUCUGCUGGGCGUGUUUGGGGUCAUGGUUACACGGACUGGUUCUUCGGGAACGCGGAACACAGGCCAGGGUGUGCAGUGGGUUCGACCGCCAUCGCAAUCGCAUCGGUAUCAUGCGAAUGUGCUGAGAGCAUUGCAGGAGGAACGUAGUCCGUUGCAUUCGGUGCUUGGGAAGGGCGUGGUGUUUGAGCAGUUGAAGAAGGCGAAGGAAUUGAGGAAUCGGUGGAAAACGGCAGAUAUGGUGGAGAAUGAGAAUGGUGGCGAUGGGGGUUCGUCUCAGAUGGAGCAGCUCGUCCCGUUGGAGAGGUACGAUGUCGAUAAGAUCUUGAUGGAUGUCUUUGGAGGCUUGGAAGAGGGGUAUCUGCUUGCGCAGGCGCAUGUGGCCAGGACGGAGGGGAUGACCAAGGUCGAGAAUGAGGGGGGCUGGGAUUUUAUUGUAGAUGCGAUGGACUGGGAGGCUGUAUAG